AUGCCGGGAAAUAAUAUGGAUGUCGAUAUGGAGGAAGAGGAUGAUCCAAUAGUCAGCUCUUAUGAUAUUUUCAUUAAACCUCAUAUCUCUGAAGGUCGAGAAAUUUAUGUAUUACAAUUUCCCAAUCGCGAUAUUGAGCAACGAUACGCUGGGUCAAAUGAUGCUCAACCUCUCAAAUUUCGAACGAAGCCAAAGGCCGGAAUGGUCGAGAUGGAUGUUCCAAUCGAUGCGCGUAGGAAUUAUGAUAAGGAUAAAGGUGUGAAAUGGGGAGAUGCUAUCAAGAAGAGUCAAAUGGUUAAGGGUGGAGGAAGUCAUGGUUUACCCGGUGGUUUUGGAAUUGGAGGAGCCCAACCAACUGGCAGAGGAAGAGGACGGGCACAAGAGCUUGACCCUGAGAAAGUAAUGGCGGAUUUUGAAGGCGCUAUUCGGACGGAGCAGGUUUUGGUUAAGCAAACUCUUGGUGGUCAAAUCAUUCCCGUCGAUCAAAAUAGUCCUCAAUACUUUCUAGGCGCUUUUCAGAGUGAUAAACUUCACCUCACUCCAAUUGACCAUAUGGUACAAAUGAGGCCUCAAUUUCAUCAUAUCGACGCACAUGUAGAACAGGAAAAGCAAAACCGACCUCGCGAAGGACCUGCACCAAAGGCUACCGAAGCUCGAGCUAUUCAUAUGACGGUUAAGUCAAGUAUUGACGGAGAAGAAGAUGGGAGUGACAAUAUUGGCGUACGAAUCUCUGCUGCGCAACAAGAGCAAUGGGUGAAGCACCGAUAUGUUGACGAGGAUCAUCAAUCUGCUUGGGAAUGCUAUCAUGAAAAUAUGUUUAUCUAUCCUGAGCCAGAUGAGAAAGGAGAAGAGCAAGAACUUUCGCCAGAUGUGGUUCCAAAGUUAACCACUGGGAUAGAUGAUAUGGCAUAUAUGGAUACAAUCAGUGCGCCAAAUAAUGCUGCGAAAAUGUCAAGGGCCAAGGUGGAUGCGCAAACGAUUGAUCUUGAUGCAGAUGAUGAAGAAUAG